CACCAUGUCCCGUGGCUCCAGCGCUGGUUUUGACCGCCACAUUACCAUUUUUUCCCCCGAGGGCCGGCUCUACCAAGUAGUUCUGGAGGCCUGAAGUCUGAAAUCUGUAUCACCGGACCAACAUCUAGCUGUCGAGCAGGGCCAUGCUGUCUCUGGAGGCUCUAGGGAAGAAUGCAUUCCUUGUCUCGUCCACUUCAAGAGGCUGCCAGCAUUUCUUGGCUUGCGGCUGCAUCACUCUAAUCUUCAAGACCAGCAUUUUCAAAUCUGUCUGCUCCCUCUUCAUAGCACCUUCUCUAAUAUGCUUUUAAGGCUAUUAACCAGGGUGGCCUUACAUCAGUAGCUGUCAGAGGGAAAGACUGUGCAGUAAUUGUCACACAGAAGAAAGUACCUGACAAAUUAUUGGAUUCCAGCACAGUGACUCACUUAUUCAAGAUAACCGAAAACAUUGGCUGCGUGAUGACAGGAAUGACAGCUGACAGCAGAUCCCAGGUACAGAGGGCACGCUAUGAAGCAGCUAAUUGGAAAUACAAGUAUGGUUACGAGAUUCCUGUGGACAUGCUGUGUAAAAGAAUUGCUGAUAUUUCUCAGGUCUACACACAGAAUGCUGAAAUGAGGCCUCUUGGUUGUUGUAUGAUUUUAAUCGGUAUAGAUGAAGAACAAGGCCCUCAGGUGUACAAGUGUGAUCCUGCAGGUUACUACUGUGGGUUUAAAGCCACUGCAGCAGGAGUUAAACAAACCGAGUCAACCAGCUUCCUUGAAAAAAAAGUGAAGAAGAAAUUUGAUUGGACAUUUGAACAGACAGUGGAAACUGCAAUUACAUGCCUGUCUACUGUUCUAUCAAUUGAUUUCAAACCUUCAGAAAUAGAAGUUGGAGUAGUUACAGUUGAAAAUCCUAAAUUCAGGAUUCUUACAGAAGCAGAGAUUGAUGUUCACCUUGUUGCUCUAGCAGAGAGAGACUAAACAUUGUAGUUAGUUUACCAAGUCCAUGACGCCACUUGCCUGUGUGUUUCGUAACAACAGACCAGCGUUAUGUGGGCCCCUGAAUUGAAAAAGGAACCUCUCCCACUCCUCCUGCCACUGAAGUGGUUAGGACUCUGUAUAAAUAAAAACAAUGCUUUUGGAAAUAA